CAAUCUUUUACAACGCUCCGUUUACGUGCCCGAGUUUGCUCCCGACGCCCGCGUCUCGAUGUUUAAGCUCCUGCUUCUCGCGGUGUCAAGAGCACCCUCCAGCCAGGGCGGAGCCUCGCGGCGCUGAGACGGGCCCGGGACCCCGGGACGCCCGCCUGGCAGUCCGUCAGUGCCCGGACCAGCCGCCUCCUCCCCGGGCUUCCUCUCGCCAGACUGACGCUCCUUAAGACACUAUGCGGUUCACCUGCUAAGGGAUGGAAGAAGCCAGCCUGUGCCUGGGCGUGUCCUCGGGGGCGGCGGACGCGGAGCCCCGCCGGAGCGGCCCCGUCCUCAACGGCCAGUAUGCCAUGAGCCAGAAGCUGCACCAGAUCACCGCCCAGCUCAGCCAUGCCUUCCCCGAGCUGCACCCGCGGCCCAGCCCGGAGGACAAGCCGCCGGCGGCCCUGGACGACAAGGCCCACGUGCCCAUGAGUGGCCAGCCCAUGGGCAGCCCGAUGGCGCUGCUGGCCAGCCCGCUGGGCCGGGACGUGGACACCAGCCUCAACGGGCGCGUCGACCUGCAGCAGUUCCUCAACGGGCAGAACCUGGGCAUCAUGUCGCAGAUGAGCGACAUCGAGGACGACGCACGCAAAAACCGCAAGUACCCGUGCCCGCUGUGCGGCAAGCGCUUCCGCUUCAACAGCAUCCUGUCCCUGCACAUGCGCACGCACACGGGCGAGAAGCCCUUCAAGUGCCCCUACUGCGACCACCGGGCGGCGCAGAAGGGCAACCUCAAGAUCCACCUGCGCACCCACAAGCUGGGCAACCUCGGCAAGGGGCGCGGGCGCGUGCGCGAGGAGAACCGCCUGCUGCACGAGCUGGAGGAGCGCGCCAUCCUGCGCGACAAGCAGCUGAGGAGCGGCCUGCCGCCGCCGCGGCCCGACCUCAAGCCCCCGCCGCACACGCAGCCCGCGCCGCCCGCCGCCGCCUGCCACCUGGCGCUGCCUGCCGCGCCUGACGCUGCGCGGCCCACGCCCUCGCCCAAGCCAGCGGGCGGCGCUCAGGAGGACGCGGCGGCCCCUGCGGCGGGCUUCCGCUGCACCUUCUGCAAGGGCAAGUUCAAGAAGCGCGAGGAGCUGGACCGCCACAUCCGCAUCCUGCACAAGCCCUACAAGUGCACGCUGUGCGACUUCGCCGCCUCGCAGGAGGAGGAGCUCAUCAGCCACGUGGAGAAGGCGCACAUCACGGCGGAGUCUGCGCAGGGCCAGGGCCCCGGCGGCGGCGGCGAGCAGGCGGCCAACGAGUUCCGCUGCGAGGUGUGCGGGCAGGUGUUCAGCCAGGCCUGGUUCCUCAAAGGCCACAUGCGCAAGCACAAGGACUCGUUCGAGCACUGCUGCCAGAUCUGCGGCCGCCGCUUCAAGGAGCCCUGGUUCCUCAAGAACCACAUGAAGGUCCACCUCAACAAGCUGUCGGUGAAGAACAAGGGCCCCAGUGACGCGGAGGGGCCGGCCCCGCUGGGCGGCCUGUCCCAGGAGACCCACGCCAACCUGUACUCCAGGUACCUGUCCUGCCUGCAGGGCGGCUUCAUGGCCCCGGACAAGGCCGGCCUGAGUGAGCCGGGCCAGCUGUACGGCAAGGGGGAGCUGCCCUUGAAGGAGAAGGAGGCCCUGGGCAAGCUGCUGUCCCCCCUGGCCAGCGUGGCCCACGGCGUCUCCGAGGGCGACAAGCACUCCCUCCUGGGCUGCCUGAACCUGGUGCCGCCGCUGAAGUCCAGCUGCAUCGAGCGCUUGCAGGCGGCGGCCAAAGCCGCGGAGAUGGACCCGGUGAACAGUUACCAAGCCUGGCAGCUCAUGGCCAGGGGCGUGGCCGUGGACCGUGGCUUCCUGUCUAAAGAGCAGCCGCUGCCCCGCGGCCAGGAGGACGCGCUGGCCCACGUGGGGGUCGCCUUCGACAAGGAGAAGCGCGAGUACGUGUUUGUGGGGGCAGACGGCUCCAAGCAGAAGAUGCCCGCGGAUCUGGUCCACGGCGCGAAAGUGGCCAGUCAGAGAGACCUGCCAGGGAAGCUGGACCCCUCGGACGGCGGCCGGGAGUUCCUGCCGCACGGGCUGAGCCCGGCGCUGGACUACGCCCCGCAGGGCCCCGGCGGCGGGAUGAAGGAGAAGCCCACGGAGUGCCCCGACUGCGGCCGCGUCUUCCGCACCUACCACCAGGUGGUGGUGCACUCCCGCGUGCACAAGCGGGACCGCAGGGCCGAGGAGGACGGGCUGCACGCGGGCCUGGAGGAGCGGCGGGGCUCGGGCAGCGACCAGGAGUCCCAGUCGGUGAGCCGCUCUACCACGCCGGGCUCCUCCAACGUCACCGAGGAGAGCGGGGUCGGCGGCGGGCUCUCCCAGACGGGCAGUGCGCAGGAGGACAGCCCGCACCCCUCCUCGCCAUCCUCCUCAGACGUCGGCGAGGAGGCGGGGAGACCGGUGGGCGCCCAGCAGCCCGCGCUGCCUCGGGACCGGAGCCUGGGCUCGGCCGUGAAGGACUGCCCGUACUGUGGGAAGACCUUCCGCACCUCCCACCACCUAAAGGUGCACCUGAGGAUACACACAGGUGAGAAGCCCUACAAGUGCCCGCACUGCGACUACGCUGGCACCCAGUCUGCCUCCUUGAAGUACCACCUGGAGCGCCACCACCGGGAGCGGCCGAACGGAGCGGGGCCGCUGCCCAGCCAGGACCACAGGGACGAGCUGCCCAGCAAAGCCUCCCUGUUCGUCAGGCCCGACAUCCUGAGGGGCGCCUUCAAGGGCCUCCCCGGAGUGGACUUCAGGGGGGCGCCGACCUCGCAGCCCUGGGUGGCGGGCGUGCUCCCGUCCGGGGACCCCCAGGCCGCCGGCGUGUCUUUGGAGGCCCCUGCAGACGCUCUGAAGGGCGCCGACCUCCCUCCCAAAAGCAGCCACUUCUCCGAAGCGGGAAGAGCCUGCGCAAGCGUCCUGAGCAACGGCGUGAACUUCCAGGGGUCCUUGCAGGCCUUCAUGGACAGCUUUGUCCUCAGCUCCCUGAAGAAGGACAAGGGCCCGUCCGGCCUGUCCUCCGCAAAAGCCCACGGGGCGGACGGCGGCGAGGACAAAGGCGGCCGGAAGCCAGCCCCGCGGAAGUCGGAGAAGUCUCAGUACGAGCCCCUGGACCUGUCCGUGCGGCCGGACGCCGCCGCCCUCCCCGGCUCCCAGGUGACCGUGCAGGACAGCGUCGCGUGGCAUGGCUGCCUGUUCUGCACCUUCACGACGUCCUCCAUGGAGCUCAUGGCCCUGCACCUGCAGGCCAACCACCUGGGCAAGGCGAAGCGCAGAGACCACGCGGUGGGGGCGGCCUCCCACUGCACGGAGCACCUGCGGGAGGCCGGCAGGGCGGCCCUGCUGCCCUCGGCGCAGGCAAGCAAGGAGGCGGCACUGGCCAGCUUAAUGGGGCCCCUGGACGCCGCAUCGGAGAAGGUGGCGCAGGGACCGGUCCGAGAGGCUCCGGGGGAGCAGAAGCCCAGCUCGUGGCCCGGCCACGUGGACCCCACCUUCUGCGGCUUCCCCUCUGACUUCUACAAGCAGUUCGGUGUGUACCCGGGUGCGACGGGCUCAGCAGCCCCCGGCACCUGUCCCAACAAGGGGCCGGACAGCAAGGCCCACGUGGAAGAUGACGCCCCGAUCCUGAUCCCCGACACCACAGACAAGGCUGCCGGGGACGACCUCUCCGACGCGGCCUCCUCGGAGGAUGCGGACUCCCCCAAGGGGGAGAACGAUGACGAUGGCGAGGAGACGGAGACGGAGCCGGAAAUGGCGAGGAAGCCGCCCUCCGCCCUCGGCAAGGACAGCGGCGGCGAUGGAGGGGAAGGCCUGCUGCCCGCGGGCGCCCCACAGCCCGUGCAGGGACCAGUGCCGGCCCUGCCCCCGGCGUCGGAGAAGCCGUGGCACAGCCCGGGCCUCCUGCCAGCCCAGGACCCCGCGGUGGGCCUGCCCAGGCCGGAGCGGGGGGCCCUGGAGAAGCCGGCGAGCGUGCUGUCCGUGCUGCGGGCCUACAGCGCCGACGGACUGGCCGCCUUCAACGGACUCGCCAGCAGCUCCGCCAGCCCCGGGGGCGUCAAGAGGCCCGACCUGUGCGGUCCCCGGCCGUUCCAGUGCCGCUACUGCCCCUACAGCGCCUCCCAGAAGGGGAACCUGAAGACCCACGUGCUUUGUGUGCAUCGCAUGCCUUUCGACAACAGCCAGUACCCCGACCGCCGCUUCAAACGCUCCAGGGUCGACGCGGAGCUGGCCGGGAGCUGCGAGGAGCUGUCGGCUGUCAAGGCGGGGGGCUCGGAGCUCCCGGAGGAGGGCGGCCAGGCCCAGGAGGAGUGCAACUGAGCCCCCCGCCGCCCCCCGCCCUCCGCCUGGACGGGGCUGUCACCUUGCACAGGUCUAGCGUUACGUCUGGUAAAAGAGUGUGCUAACCGCAUUGGGGGGAUCAUGUGUACCCCCCAUGCUAGUAUAUAGGACAUUUAAGAAAUUUAAAGAGAUAUCUAUAUAUAUAUAUUAAACAAAAAAGGUCCCCAGCCCUUGAAAAUGGCUGCUAAACUGUUACCUGGCAACAAGAACUUCCAAACAAGGCAGGUGGGGCAGGGGGCGGCUGCUGAGGAGCCCCUGUGCCCCUGCCACGGGGUCUUUGUCCAAAAACCGAGCUCUUAGCUGGAGACGGUGCCACCCGAACGCUUAGUGUUGCCUUGAGGACGGAGGUGCUGUGUUUCCCCGUCCGAACACCUCCAGCGUCCGCCGCCUGCGGCUGUCACGGACGGGCACCCUAAUGAGGCGCAGGGAGGCAGCCUGGUGCCAGCCAGGCUGGGGCGGCCUCGGCCCGAAAAUCAAUAGGCGGGCGUGGUGGCUGCGCUCUGGGAAACCCGAGCAGGCCUCUGCGUGUGCCGUUAACCGCGCAGCCCGCGGCUGGCCCGGAAGUGUCUGCAGACCAUGCCCGUGGCUGGUUGGAUGAGUCAUUCCUUUUUUAGCUCAAAUUGCAGUAUUGAGGGAAGUGCUUUUUUCUCCCCCUGGCUUGUCUCAGUCUUUUUUUUUUUUUUUUUAAUUUUUGGAUAAAAAAAGAAGGUGGCUACUCAAAAAAUUUAGGGGAACAUUAAAAAAACACUGUUUUGAAACACUAGCCGACCCUAUCCACAGAAGGUGCUGGGGAGAAGCAGAAAUGGUAGCAAGACGGUUCUUUGUUGUGAUUUUUAAACUCCGACUUGAACGAAGGCUGCUCGGGUCCCUGUCGCCAGGCUCAUCCUCGCCUGAGUUUUAAUCAGCGUUGCAGGCACGGACCGGGCCCUCUUCUCCGGCGAGCGCUCGUGAAAGAGCCGCAUUAAAACAGGAAUCUAAACAUCCUGCUCUCUAUCGCUAAUGGAGAAAACUGUUUGAGUUCAAAUGUCUGUUUUUGUAAAACAAAUGUGUUCUCUAUUUUUGUAGAUUUUAGAUUUUCUACUGAUUGGAUAAUCCAAAUUGAUCGAGUUCUUCACCACCCAGAGGGAGAUGCUGAGGGCCAAUAAUGGAACACUUAACUCAUUAGAAAAACAAAACGGUUUAAGAACACUAGUUAAGGGUUUAUUCUCGAAUCCACUAGACAGGAGGAAAGGUCCGGCCUCCUAAUGGUCUUCCUUUGAGUGACCCCGAACUGGUGCUGUUGUCUGGGAUGUUAGAGAAACCGGGAAGUUGUAACUUCUAAAACGAGAUCAUUCAGACUUAAAAAAAGAAAAAGUCCACAUUUCCUUGCAGGCUGGGAGCACAGGAUAAAACCCCAGGGCCUUAAAAACUUCAGCUCUGCCUCCCGCAGUUUACAAAAACUCUAAACUGCAAUCGAUGUAAAUACAACGCUUUGCUCUCCCGAGACGGGGAGGGAGUCUCGGGCUCAGAAGGAGCGCGGUGUGCAGAGGCCGCGGAGCCGGCGUCGCCAGCCCGGGCUCCCCGCGCGUGAGGCCGCUGGGCCCCGCGGCCCGUUGGGCGUACGGCAAGCUGCUUUUUUGUUUUUUCUAGACUAGUUCUCACUGCCUUACUUAAAUCGAGUCGAUACACUUAAUGCAACUGUCUCUACGGUCCUCGAGAAGGGACAGCGAUGUGACUGAAAACUCUCCAACUGUAGUAAUGCUGUAGGAGUCUCACUGCACUGCUGUGUUUGGUGGCUGUGCCGGUCGCUUGCUUUCUGUGUGUUUGCCCCGCCUUUGGUAUCUUAGCAAAGAAAAAAAUAUAUAUAUUAAAAAAAAAACAAGAUAAAAAAGUAAAAAGAAAAAAAAAGAGGAAAAAAACAAAACAAGAGCCACAUUCCAUUUCUAGCACUUUGGAGCUCCCAGUAUUCUCUCGUGUCUUCUGAGCAUCGCCAGAUGCGCCAGGCAAUAACGCUGUCCGCCCGCCGGGCAGCCCCUCUCGUGGCGUGUGUGUUGGUUCCACUGUGUCCCGUGCUGCCGCCCCCGCCCCCUCUGACGCCGAGCGAUCGCCCCCGCGACGCAGGGUCAGCUCCGAAUGUCGCCGGGUUCUCAUAUCUGAACAUGUCCAGUCCCCCCGUAACUGCUGUGGUCUGUGAUGCUGGUCAGUACCGUCCGCCUCCCCUCCACGGAGCAGAGCCUGCCGCGGAGGAGGCCUGAGGUCAGUAGAGUAGAGGGUUUCGUUGCUAUGCUUGUAACAAGUAGACAACUUUGUAUUUAAAG